UCUGGUUAUCUUCCACUUUCUAUUAGCGGGAAAACGUACCUAACUUAACGACCAUCGUAGCAAGAAUCAUUCUUUGCCAUUCUUUGGCUAUUUCUCUUUUCUCUCUCACUCUAACAACUGGUGCACAAUAGCAUUUUUCGUAGUCGACGCUAUUGUGCACUCCUUCCCCUUUGUCGUUGCCACCACCACCAUCGCGCAAUGGGAAAGAGACUGCCGUCGGUCGACAUGGAGUCGAUGUCCUAUGACGUCCACAAGCCCAUCUCAAUGCCACCGCCGCCGAGCUAUUAUCCGCCCCCACCCAAGCCAUGGUUCCCAUGGCUGGUGCCUCUCAUUUUUAUAGCCAAUGUGGCCAUGUUUGUCUUCACAUUGUAUGAAAAUAAUUGCCCCGCCACCACCAGAAGGAACCGCUGCCUUCUUUACCCCGAGCUAGGCCGGUUCUCCUUCCAACCGUUUCAGGAGAAUCCUCUCCUCGGCCCUUCGAUGAACAUUUUGAAAAGAUAUGGGGCUUUGGACAAAGAUGCAGUAGUAGAACAAGGGGAAGCGUGGCGCUUAGUAUCUUGUAUAUGGCUUCAUGCUGGAGUUAUUCAUUUACUUGCAAAUAUGCUCAGCCUUCUCUUCAUAGGAGUUCGCCUCGAACAAGAAUUUGGAUUUUUGAAAAUAGGAUGUUUGUAUAUGCUUUCUGGAUUUGGUGGGAGUUUACUUUCAUCUCUAAGUCUCGUUUCAGCUGAAAGUCCAACCAUAUCAGUUGGUGCUUCAGGUGCACUUUUUGGGCUUUUGGGAGCUAUGCUUUCUGAGCUCAUCACAAAUUGGACAAUAUAUGCAAAUAAGUGUGCAGCCCUGAUCUCUUUGAUUCUGAUCAUUGGCUUAAACCUGGCAGUCGGAUUCGUACCAAAUGUCGACAAUUCCGCCCACAUCGGAGGCUUCAUUUCAGGCUUUCUCCUCGGCUUCGUCCUCCUAAUCCGACCGCAAUUCGGAUAUGUUAACCACAAGUACAUCCCUCCAGGCGCUGAUGUGAAACGUAAAUCCAAGCACAAAUGUUAUCAGUACUUUUUGCUGAUUAUAGCUCUACUCCUCUUGGUUUUCGGAUAUGCUUCUGGUUUAUCAAGGUUGUACAGAACUGGUCCGCAAGUAUUGACAAGCAACACUUUCUGAAGGUUGUCAUUGAAUUGUUAGACCAGAUAAUUGUUUCUCUUUGAUGCCAAAUCGAAGAAGCACAUGAAAGUUUAAAAGAAAACGAACUUUCUUUA